AUGAAAACAACAGUUGUCUCAGAGUCCGGAAAAAAGUGUGUGCCGACUGAAAAAAACGAGGGCCCGUGCCACAUCUGUGUGUGCCAAUUCGACGGCGUAUACCAUUGUCGUAGGAGACUACCCUGCCUCAACAACAUAUCAGAUAUCAGCCUCAUCCACUACAAAAGGAAAUGCGAUCCCAACACCACGUAUCAAGAUGAGAACAAGGUCUGCACGUGCAACAGCAACGGAGACUGGAGAUCCAGCAAUUGCCACAAACAUUACCGCUAUCUAAGAUCCGACAGCCAAUACAAUGGAUCCGCUCUCAGAGCCACAGAAUCCUGCGCACCCAAUAAGUAUUAUUUGGUCGACUGCAACAUCUGCCGCUGUGGCAACGACAAAACUAUCGAUCCUAAUCAUUGCACCACCAGACAAUGCAGCAAAGGCCAUAAAAUAGAUAAGUGUGAACACGGAGACAUAUUGAGAACUGUAGAUGAAAUAUGCGCUUGCAGUGAUAUAAAUUACUACAUCGAUAGACUGUGUCUCUCCGUGAGCGACCGCAGAAUUCAGAGGGUUAAUAAAAGUGAGAUUAGAGUUCUCCUUCGUAAAGAUAAGACUACUGAAAGGUUGUUACCGACGAAUGCUGACAAAUGUACUCCAAACGAUGUUGCUGAAGUUGACUGCAACCAAUGUUAUUGUAUUAAUGGCCUAUGGGCGUGUACAAAUAAAAAAUGUGUGGUGGAUAUAAGAAGAAAACAGAAUGGAAUUACAAGGAAGCGUAAGAAAGCUUUCUUGAGUUUACCUGAAGUGUUUAACGAUAAAGAAAAGUGUGUACCGCGUAAGAAGUAUCGAUAUAAAUGUAAUACGUGUAUUUGUACUAAAAAGAGUGUCCUGUCUUGUACUAGUAUGAUAUGUUUGGAGUCUUUAAUCGGAAAACAAAUACCACAACAAAUGCCACUAUUGAGACCAAUAAAAUCCCUCAAAUACAUGAAGGCGAAGACUGUGACUUCUGGAGUGAAGAAACCCCUAGAUCUUCCCGAUUUGCCCAAGGGCCCGUGCGAAAAAGGGAAGUUCUACAAAAAGGGUUGUCGGAAAUGUUACUGCGGGCAUGAUGAUAAAGCUGUCUGUGCAGCGUCACCUGUCGGCCCGAAAUGUAAAUUAGAAAUAAAAGCUUACCGCCUCGCUACCCCUGAAGACUACGGCGUUAUGACAAGUACCAUAGACAUCACAAAGUUGCCGGCUCUUCCCAAUAUUUCCACUAAAUGUGACCCCGGCCAUACAUACAAAGUGGACUGCAAUAUUUGCAUCUGCUUGUCCAAUAAGAACCUUCUGUGCACAUCUGAUUACUGUUUGAGUACCGAUGACAUGAACAGGGUGGAAGCGAAGAAGCGAACAGGAUUACCAUGCAGCACAGAUAAGAAAGAAGACCAGUGCGUCCAAUGCCGUUGUGUGGACGGCAAGCUGCAGUGUGAAGCCCUGAAAGACUGCCAUAUCCCGACCAGGAAGCGACUCCACGGGACCGUACAGCAGGAGAAUCCGCGGCAGAGUCUGAAUCUGAAGCCGGGCCAGGAGUGUGUACCGCACUCUAUAUAUAGAGACAAAUGCAACAGAUGCUAUUGUCAAGAAAAUGGCGCCUUCCGAUGCACAGCGAUGUCUUGCCUCAACUACGCUCAAGCUCUGAGUCUCCAGAAAUCUAUUAAGGAGUAA